AAAAUCAGUUUUCUGUAUUGUAUUUCAUCACUAUUUGAGAGUUGUUAAACUUUGGCCUUUAAAAACUAAAAAAAUAAAAACAUAUUGCUAAUUAAUUGACGUCACUAUGAAAGUACCAGAGAAUUAUAACUAGCAGUUGCUUAAAAUUUUUCUGACUUGGGGGUCAGAUAUUAUAUAUUCCCAAUAGCCAUGGUCCAUAUAGAAGUUUUUAGUACAAGUAACAAAAAGUUGGGAGAAAUUUCAGUCUCGGACGAUGCUAAAGUCAAGGAAAUUAAGAAGGAAAUUGCGAAAAUUUGUCCUAAAUUAUAUAUCGACAGACAAUCUAUACGGUCGGAAGCAAAAGGAAAAGAUAUAAGAGAUGAUAACGUAAUUGAAACUUUACAAAAUACUAAAAAAAUUUUUGUGAAAGACUUGGGCCCUCAAAUAGGUUGGAAAACUGUAUUUUUGUUAGAAUAUGCAGGACCUUUUAUUUUGUAUGGACUUGUCUCUUUGCGCCCAUGGAUAUUCUAUGGUGAACUAGCUCAACAUUCCACAUUGUCUCCAACUGCAAAAAUUGCUUUAUUUUGCUGGAGUGUCCAUUAUUUAAAAAGACUUGUCGAAACAUUAUUCAUACAUCGUUUUUCUCAUGGAACAAUGCCAAUCAGAAAUCUAUUCAAAAAUUGUGGGUAUUAUUGGGGAUUUUGCUUAUAUGUUGCUUAUCACGUUAAUCAUCCACUCUUUACACCUCCUUCGAUUUUAAUGCAAAUUUCAGGAUUUGGAUUAUUUGUGGUUUGUGAAUUAGGAAAUUUAUCAAUCCAUCUUCUCUUAAGAGACUUGCGUCCACCAGGCACUACAGUUAGGCGAAUCCCUGUCCCCAACAACAAUCCAUUAACAGCAAUGUUUAAUUUUGUUUCUUGCCCUAACUAUACUUAUGAAUUUGGAGCUUGGUUAGGAUUUACCGUUUUAACUUCAUGUCUGCCAGCGGGAAUAUUUGCUCUGGCCGGAUUAUACCAAAUGACCAUUUGGGCUCUUGGCAAACAUAAGAAUUAUAAAAAGGAAUUCACGAAUUAUCCGAAACGAAAAGCUAUAAUCCCUUUCAUUAUUUAAAUGUUAAUUGUUAUGCAAAAGAUGAGUCAAAUUUGAUAGACUUAGAUUAUUUGUGCUUCUUCAAAACAAAUAUGCAAAAUGAUAUAGAAUUUAGUGUCUUUUGUUUAACAAAUUUUUAUGAAUUCAUCAGGAAUAUCUAAACAAGUAAAUUGCCUAGUAAAACAUAACCAUAAAGCAUCUCUCUUGGUCCAUCAAAUUUGGCACUUUUAAAAUUAUUUUAAGUUUUUUGCAUGGGUCAGUACAAUCCAUUGUCAUAGCUAAUUAUUAUUAGGUUCUAACAUUUUUUACUUUACAACCUGGUGUUCUGUCAAACAUGUUUAGAAAAAUAA